AUGACUCCUUCACAGACUCUGACGUUGGCCACUUCGUUACUCGCCGUCCUAAGUCCCUCUGCUACCCGUGUCAGCCCUGCGAACGGUGGCCUAGUCGUCGAUUCAGCCCCCAACAUGCCUCAGCCCUACGUUUUACGGAACCUGAAGGGCGACGCCGUUAACUUUGGUGGCUUGAUCCUCCGGACCCUUGUUUCCAACGUCACUUCGUCUGGAGGCUUGUCACUUCUGGGUGUCAAUUCAGGUCCAGCUCCCCUCAAUCUCAUCCACUAUCACAAAGAGGUCGAGGCAUUCUACACACUGAAAGGCAGUGUUCAAGUCUUCCACAACACCGAUCAAGGCCGCGAAGUUCGGGCCAACGACUUUGCUCUCCUGGCACCUGGCAAUAACCAUACCUAUCGCCCCAAUGAUCUCGAUUUCCAGCUGACUCUUUGUGUGGCUCCCGGCGGGAUUGACGAAUUCUUUGCCGCGGCCGCUGACCCAUACACCUCAUCUUCCCCAUUCAAUCCGGAAGAUCACUCACAACUCAACGUGACCAAGGUGCUGGGUCUGAUGCCUCAAUACCACAUCGUGCCGCAGCCAAUGAAUUCCAUCAACAUGGAUUGGGUGAAUGGGACUACUGCGGACGGAUUGGAUACCUGGCACGUCGCGGACCAGACGUUACCGGAGGAUCCCACCAAGGCCUAUUUCAUUUCUAGCAACCGAGGACCAAAAUUUCUUCAGCGUGACACGGGGAGAGUGAUUGCUCAGCUCGCAUCUACCAAACAGACUGGCAAUGUCCUGAGUGUUGCCGCUAUCACCUUGAAACCUACGGAUAAGCCUGCCGCAGUUUCUUUCGAUGUGGACCACGCAUUCCAAGUGACAGAAGGUCAACUUAGUGUGGAAAUCAAUGGCGAGACAGUGCAGAUGAUUUUUGGCGACCUCGUUUUCAUUCCCGACGGUACUCGCUUCACCUAUUGGUCCAGUGUUGGUUUUACAAAAUUCGUGGUCUGGUCAGCUGGGCCAGGACUUGUCGAGUGCCUCAUCAAAGAUGCGGAACCGUGGGAUCAUACGGUUUGGCCGGCGUAA